UAACGGGUUUACAACUGUCGUGCAGGGCACAACUCCUCUACUGUACGGAAGAAAAUGAAGAACUUCUGUAUUGUCCGUCAAAAAAAGAUGUUUUUAUGGCUAAAAUAGAAAUGACAGCUGAAGGAAGAGCAGAGGAUGAACUUCAAAAGGACGGUUUUGGUGACAGGAGGGUCUGGAUUCAUUGGCUCUCAUCUGGUAUGUUCGCUGGUCGCCAGUUACCCAGAAUGGAGGAUUAUUAACUUGGAUAUUUUGGAUUACUGCUGCAGUCCCAGGAGUCUGGAAGGGCUUGAAAACAGAGACAAUUACACUUUCAUUCAGGGAGACGUGUGUAACCCACAGUUGGUGAAUCAUAUCUUCAUCACUGAAAACAUUGAUGUCAUCUUUCACCUGGCAGCUAAAACUCAUGUUGAGUCUUCGUUCGAGAUCCCCUCCGUUUUCCAGCGGGUCAACGUCGACGGAACCAGGGUUCUACUGGAUGCCGCCCAUCGGGCUCGACACCAGCCGCAGCGCUUUGUCUACGUCAGCACGGACGAAGUGUAUGGAACCAGCCUGGAUGAGGCAUUUGACGAGGACUGUCCGCUGAGGCCGACCAACCCGUACGCUGCUACUAAAGCAGCUGCUGAGUAUCUGGUCAGGUCCUACUGGGACAAGUAUCAGUUUCCAAUUAUCAUCACCAGGAGCAACAACAUCUACGGACCUAGGCAGUUCACAGAGAAGGUGAUUCCCAGGUUUCUCACCUUGUUGCAGAACAACAACAAAUGCACCAUUCAGGGAACCCUGGCCAUGUCCCGCCACUUCCUGUUCGUCAGCGACGCCGUCCAGGCCUUCCUGCUGGUUCUGGAGAAAGGGACGGUGGGCGACGUCUACAACAUGGGAACAAGCGUCGAGAUUCCCAUCGUGCAGCUGGCGAGGGAACUAGUUAGGAUGGUAAAGAACGUGGCUGAAUCCGAAGUGAAUGACUGGAUUGAGUUCGUCUCCAGCAGGCCGCAGGUCGACCUUCGUUACCCAAUCAGGAGUGAGAAGCUGCAGCGGCUGGGCUGGAGAGCAGAGACGUCCUGGGCUGAAGGCAUCAGACAAACAGUGAAGUGGUACCAAGACAACCCAGACUUCUGGUUGGACGUCAAUAAGGACCAGCGAAUCAGAAAGGAGCCUGAAAAAGCCUCAAACACAUGACCAGGCGUAGUUUGUCCUGCAGCUCGACUGACAGGAAGACCCGUUUCCCUCUCCAUGAGAUUUGUAACACAGCUAUGGCUGAUUAUUCAGCUCAGGAACAAAAUUAUGUUAUGUUUUGAAUGUGCCAGACGACAAUAAGUUGCCGCCUGUAAAUCAACGCCUCAAGUUUUUGUAAUAAAUUAUUUUUGCUCAAUUUAAGACGAGCAUUUUUCCUCUUCUUCUGCUUAUCAGGGUGUUUUAACGGUGAUAUGGCAGGAAGAAACCAACCCAGACACUGAUCACAUCUGCAAAUCCAAACCUUUAAUUGUGGUAAAAUCGGAAUAGUUGCACAGAUUUUUUUUUGUUUGUUUUUUUUUUUUUUUCGUGCAGUGCUCUUCGUGCACACUUGCUAAACUAAUACAUAAAGCAAAUACUAACUACCAGGCUGGUGCUUCUGCUACAUCACGUCGAGCGGUCUGGCCAAUCAGUGAUGAAGACGGCACUGGACUCCCAAAGUCUUUUAAAUACACCCGCUAAAACAACAGUCAUUCAGAAACAUACCUCCACUUUUUUAUUAUUAUUAUUUAGAUUGCAGUUUUUUGUUUGUGUAUUUUUUUUUUAUUUUUUUUUUUAACAGAGAAAGUCACAAAGUUGUUUUUGUGCAAUUAGUUUGCUCAAAAAAAAAAAACAAACCAGAACCAAAAAAAGGUUGUUUUUUAAAAAAAAAAAAAAAGUAAAAAUUUUUUUCCUGACUGGCCAGAAACUCUCCUGUGACAGCAUCAAUGCACUUGUUGCCUGAAAAUAUGCAAAUCACAACAACGUAGCAAUAUAACCACAGUCAAUUCUGCGUGAUGGAGACUUUAAAGACGGCCACUUGCCAAACAUUCACAACGAGGGUGUUAACAAGAAGAGGGAGAAGGGGAGUUACGAUUCCAAAAUAAUAAUAAUAGUUUUAAAAAAAAGUCACUAAAAAGUAAAACUGACUUGACGAGAAUCUGGAUACUUUUUUUUUUUUUGUACUGCAUGUUACUUUUUUCUUUUCUUUUUUUUUUACAAAAUGGUCUUUAAUCAUAACAUUUUAUUAUUUUUUUUAAUCCAAACCUUGGCAUAUUUGGAACUUAUUCAAAUCCGUUUGCCAAUCGGAGAUCGUUUUAUGCUGAUAUUAGCGACGGAGCCUGUCGCACAAACAGGUUUAUGGAUCAUAAAUAUGACUUAAGGUAACCUGUGCGGGGUGUUUCACUUCAUAUGUCACGGUAACGUGCAACACGACGACCAGUGCUUCACUUAGACGCAGUUCUUGGAGCAAUUUUGACUAUAUUUCAUUAACAAUGGAGGAUAUUUUGUGUUUAGAAUUUUUGUGAUUAUAAUAAACAGGCUCUGGCCAAGACUUUUAAUAUUAACAGACGGUGAUGGUAAUAAAUUUGGUUUUAGGGCGAUCCUGAAGGAAAAAGUAAAGGGAUUUCUUCGGAGGGACCUGAACGCCUCACAGGUUCCCGUCUUAAGUAUGGAAAUAAUAAACCAGAGUGAUUUUGGCACUCUCCAAAAGAAAGCACAAACCAGCACUUCCUGUUACAGUGACAUGAGUGUGAAACCCCCACUCAUUGCAUUUUUAUUUUAUUUUUUUACAUUAAAAAGCUCACACUACCCCAGAAAAAUAGAGAUUUCUUUUUUUUUUUGUCUCCACUCAUACCAACGACAUUCAACAUUCAAGUGCCAGUGUUUUUGUUUACUGUCUUUUGGUCAAGUCACUUUGUAAAACAUCAGCUUUAUGUAUUUAGACUUACAAAAAUAAACAUAUCGCCCCAAAAAUGCUUGAUAAAUUACACAAACUAGCAGCGAAAGUAGACUCAGGAACGCGGCAAAACAGUUGAAUCCUACAGUUGCUGUUGACUAGAGCUCCACCUGGUCCCAAGAAAAACAAACAAAAAAAAUCCCCCAAAGAAAAUAAAAAGUUAAAAGCAAAAAACGGUUUCCUAUCUGGAAGGACCUUUCCUUACAACAAACACAAACCACAUUAAACUGUGGGCAAACUUCGCCUGGCUGUGCUACACGACGGAUACCUUCAGUCGGAAAACUUCUCGGAGGCGUGAAGGACGUGUGCUACAUAAGACUCAACACAAACAAGCCUUAACCAAACAGUAUUUUCUGCAAAACUGUUGAUUUAAAGUCAUUUUACAACAGGGAGGCCUACAGGCCGCAGCAAUGGGAGCAUAGCACCAUUAAUUGUUCUUCAUGUCUUUAAAAAAAAAAA